AUGUGUAGAUUUACUCCCCUGCACCUUGUGCACCAAGGCAAAGAAACAGAAGAACGGGAAAGAAAGAUGAAGCUAGUUGAUUUAAUUGUGGCAACACCUGGAAGAUUAGUUGAUUUACUUGAAAGGGCAAAAGUGUCAUUACAAAUGGUAAGGUAUUUAGCUCUUGAUGAAGCUGAUCGUAUGUUGGAUAUGGGAUUUGAGCCUCAAAUAAGAAAAAUUGUGGAACAAACAGACAUGCCUCCACCUCCUGGAAGACAAACAAUGCUUUUCAGUGCCACUUUUCCUAGAGAAAUCCAGGAAAGGGAGUUGGCAUUGAGGUCAUUUAAGAGUCGGAAGACUCCAAUUCUUGUUGCUACUGACGUGGCAGCAUGUGGGUUGGAGGUGAUUGAUGUUGGCUCAAGGGCAGUUUGGUCAUUACCGUAA